AUGUCUAACUGGGCUCAAGAGAAUUCACCAAGCUCCAAUGAGGUAAAUCCUAAAGAGCAAUGUCAAGCGGUUACAUUGAGGAGUGGUACUAAGUAUGAAGGGCCUACAAUUCAAGAGAAAGUGGAGAAGCCACAGGAUCAAAAGGUAGUUACUUCAGAGCAAGAGAAGGUACCUGAAGGGGCUCUAGAACAAAUGCCUAGUUAUGUAAAGUUCAUGAAAGAUAUACUGUCUAAGAAGAGGAAAGUGGAAGAUUAUGAGACAAUAACCUUGAUUGAAGAUUGCAUUGCCAUAUUACAGCGAAAGCUUCCUCAGAAGUUAAGGGAUCUAGGGAGCUUUACAAUACCUUGCACCAUUGAUAAUUUUCAGUGUGAAAGAGCAUUAUGUUAUUUGGGUGCAAAUUUUAUAGUACUUGACAUGGAGGAAGAUGAGGAUGUUCCUGUUAUCUUAAGGAGGCCACUUUUAGCCACUGGACAAGCAUUGAUAGAUGUACAGAAGAGGGAGUUGGCGUUAAUGAUUCAAGGUGAGGAGGUAGUCUUCAAUGUGUUCAAGGCUUUGACUUAUCCUCGGGCAAGUGACAGUUGUUGUAGUGUGAAUGUUUUAGAUGAAGAAUGUUCAAAGGGGAAGCCUACAAAAGAUCCUCUUGAGUUGAGUCUGAUAUCGAGCCUAGAAGAAUGUGAUGGCACUGAGGCCAUUGAGUAUGUGAAAUGGUUGAACGCAGCUGGGCAGAUUCACAAGAGAAAGUAUGAAUAA